AUGGUCGAUUCAAUUACUCGCAUAACCUCAGCUUUGGAAUCUGCGCGUGAAUUGACCCUUGAAGCCGCAGCAGUAGCAAGUUCGCGGUUGGGAGAAACCUCAUAUCAUCGCUAUUCGCAGAACAUAACUCCUGAGGGGCUCCGUUCAUUACUGGACUCGCGAAAUGAAAGGGAAGUUCGCGAUGGAAUGAAGAAAGUGGCGUCACUACUGGCCUCAGACGACACAACCGUUGAUUUGGAAUCCUAUUUCGCAGAUGUGGUCAAAAACAUUGGAUUGUCAACAGAUAUCAAAGUGAAGAGACUUGUGUCUAUCUAUCUGCAAAACUACGCAGAAAAACAGCCCAAUCUGGCUCUUCUGGCGGUCAAUUCUAUUCAGAAAUCGCUAGCGGAUUCAGAUCCGCAGUCUCGUGCGCUGGCGCUCAAGAUGCUCUCUGACAUCAAGCUGCCCUCGUUAUACCCGAUUGUUUUGCAUUCGGUAAAAAAGGCCGUGACUGAUAGUGCACCGGAAGUGCGUUGUGCUGUAUGCUUUGCGCUUCUCAAGCUGUACCGUGAACACCGCGAACAUGUUAUAGAAGAUGUCGUGCCCUUGCUGAAAGACUUACUCGCAGAUUCUGACGUUCAAGUUGUGUCUUCUGCAAUUGUGCUAUUCAAAGAGGCGCUCCCUGGCUCGUUGGAACUUCUUCAUGGCCAUUUUCGCCGCUAUUGCGAAAUUUUACCACAGCUUACGCAAUACUCACAGCUUUACUUGAUUGAUUUACUUACACGGUAUUGUAAAAAGUUUGUCCAAAAGCCUUUAUUAAGAGAUGCUUCUGAUCCUUCUCAAACUCUGGCCCUUCCUGACGCUUUUAAUGCGGUACCUUUCGCUACUUAUGAUGUUGUGUUCGAUUCCGACCUCGAGCUUUAUUCGCAAACCAUUGAACACAUGCUGCACUCUCCCAACCCCGCGGUCAUCGUUUCCAUCAGUAAAGCUUUUUUUGAGCUCACACCCCCUGUGUCCUUUAAGAAUUCUCGAGCAACUGAAGCUUUAGCGAGACUAAUAAGUGUGCCCUCAUUCUACAGUGACCAUGGCAUAAUUCUACAGUGCAUUUUGAUGUAUUGCGCUGUUGAUCCAACAACGUUUUCCAACUUUCUGAGAAAGUUCUUCCUAUUCCCCAGCGACGAUACUUCCACGGCAAUUUAUAAGCUCAAAAUCAUCACAACACUCAUCGAUGACAACAACGUUAAACAAAUCGUUAAAGAACUCAAGUACUACAUUUCGACCGAUUCUCGCCCGCAAGUUGUACAAGAAGCGCUCAACUCUCUCGCUGUUUGUGGUACCUUAUCGCAAAACUUGUCGUUGCACAUCAGUAAGUGGCUAUUGGGCGGAAUCGCAAACUCUAGUGCGUCUACCUCUUUGGAAUCAUAUGUUGGCGUCAUUAGGUAUUUGAUUCAAGAGUAUCCCUCCCAGCAUUUAGGCACAAUGAUUAAACUAUACGAAACGCUGCGAAGUGGGAGCUUUUUAUCAGGGCCGGCAAAAGCUGGUAUCGUAUGGCUUUUUGGGGAAUUCGCUUCUAUCAAUUUUUCAAUAUGUCCUGAUGUGCUGAGAAUAUUAUUGCCUGGCUUUUCCUCGGAACCAAAGGAAACCAGAUUGCAAAUCGUUCUACUUGCAGCGAAAAUUUUAUCCUACGAUUUAGAAAACUUUAAGGCCGAGGAAGGUACUUCUGAUGCGCUUUAUGACUUUGAGAACUCGAGAAAUAAUCAGCUGGCACAAAAUGCUUUUUACUUAGCCAAGUUUGACGAAGAUUUCGAUAUCAGAGAUUGUGCCAGAAUGUUUUCAUCCCUCUUUGAAAGACAAAAAUUUGAAGUUGCCUCUCUAUUACUUCAAGCGCCAAAACCACCAUCGAUUCGCUGUAUCACUUUUGAUGCCCCAGUUACUCUAGACUCAGGAAACAUGACUCGUAUGGGUCUUGAUCAUGACAUGGAAGAUUAUUUAACCCCGUCAAGGUGGGAUAGCGAUGAAGAUGAGAAAAGUUCAGAUUUGAGAAAACCAGCAGAACUUAAAGAUUAUAACAAAUUCAAAAAAAGUUUCUCGUCCGCCUCGUUCUUUAAUGCCGACGAAUCUCGUGAAUCACCUUCAAGUAAAGGCGACAACGCAGACAAAUUGCUUAACACGUCGUCUCGUGUUUUUACCUCAUCUGUAGGCAAAAAGUAUCAGCUUCAAACGCUGGACGACUUCUUUUCCGAGGUUCCAACAAGAGCGUCCAAACCAGCUCGUAGAGUGGUUAUCGAGGAGGACGAUUCGACAAGCGAGGAAGAAACUUCGGAAGAGUCCACUUCUGGCGAAGAAGAUUCAGACGAGAACUCUACACAAGACGACUCUGAGGAUGAAGACUCUGAGGGGGAAGCUAUCGGAACUAUAAGUCUAGCGAAAAAAGAAUUAUUUUGA